GAGCACACCCCCCCCCGAUCCCGAAAAAAACUGGAGCUCACCCCCCCCCGGGUGCCCCCCCCAGACUUUUUGGCUCAGAUUCCCCCCCCGUGGGGUGCGGCCGGAGGGGCUCGGCCGGAGGGGGGAUGGAAAGGGGUGGGGGGCGGCUCUGAGGGGGGGGUACGGCCGGCACGGGCCAAGGGGGGGCCAAGGUUUGGCCAAAGGGGGGGCCCAGGAUUUGGCCGGGGUGGUCCUGGGUUUGGCCAGUAGGACCUGAGGCUCGUCUGGUGGGACCGGGGUGGCCCAAGGCUCGUCCAGAGGGGCCUGGGGCACGUCCAGCGUGGUCCAGAGUGGCCCAAGCCUUGGCCAAGGUGGUCCAAGGCACUUCCAGAGGGACCUGAGGCACGUCCAGCAUGAUCCAGGGUGGCCCAAACCUUGUCCUGAGUGGUCCAAGGCACUUCCAGAGGGACCUGGGGCACAUCCAGUGUGGUCCAAGGCACUUCCAGAGGGACCUGAGGCACGUCCAGCAUGAUCCAGAGUCACCCAAGGCUUCUCCAGUGGGACCUGAGGCACAUCCAGUGUCACCCAAGGCUCGUCCAGGGUGGUCCAAGGCUCGUCCAGUGGGACCUGAGGCACGUCCAGCGUGGUCCAGGAGUCGCCCAAGGCUCAUCCAGAGGGACCUGAGGCACAUCCAGUGUGGUCCAGGGUGGUCCAAGGCACUUCCAGAGGGACCUGAGGCAACAUCCAAUGUGAUCCAAUGUGGCCCAAGGCACAUCCAGCACAUCCCAAGGCUUGUCCCAGAUGUCCUGAGGCUCAUCCAGGAGAUCCCAGCGCUCCUCCAGGACAUCCUGAGGCUCCUCCAGGAGAUCCCAGCACUCACCCAGGAGAUCCCAGCACUCACCCAGGAGAUCCCAACACUCAUCCAGGAGAUCCCAGCGCUCCUCCAGGACAUCCUGAGGCUCCUCCAGGAGAUCCCAGCGCUCACCCAGGAGAUCCCAACACUCAUCCAGGAGAUCCCAGCGCUCAUCCAGGAGAUCCCAACACUCAUCCAGGAGAUCCCAGCGCUCCUCCAGGACAUCCUGAGGCUCCUCCAGGAGAUCCCAAUGCUCCUCCAGGACAUCCUGAGGCUCAUCCAGGACAUCCUGAGGCUCAUCCAGGAGAUCCCAACACUCAUCCAGGAGAUCCCAAUGCUCCUCCAGGAGAUCCCAGCGCUCCUCCAGGAGAUCCUGAGGCUCAUCCCACCCGCCCGAGGCUCCCCCAUCCCAUCCCAAGACUCCUCGGAGACGCCCCCAGGCUCAUCCCAACCCCCCCCCGGGAUGGAUCCCAGGACCUCCCUCCCCCCCCCCCCUCCCUUUUUUUUUUGGGAAGGGGGGGGAUGCUGGUGUUGCCUUUGGGACCCCCCUCCCCCUUCCAUUCCCGCCCCUCUCCCGGGAUUUUGGGCCUGGAGCACUUAGGGGAGGGGAGGGGUUGGGUGCCCCCCCCCCCCCCGAUUCGGGCUGGAUUUGGGGGGUUUCUCAUGGAAAACUGGUGCUGAUUGGGGGGGGGUCGGGAUGGGGGGGGGGAAUUUUGGGGCACGGGGGGGGGGGGGCUCAGAUACCCGGAUCCCCCAGGAAACACCCGGAUCCCCCAGGAAAUACCUGGAGCCUCCAGGAAAUACCUGGAUCCUCCAGGAAAAAAAAGGGGGGGGUGGCCCGGACACCCCUCCCCCCAUCACCCCCCUCCCCUCCCCCUCCCCUCCCAGUACCGGACUGGUUUUAAACUGGAGUUUAUGGUACCACUGGGAGGUUCCCACCCCCCUCCUGGGUCUCUUCGCACUUUAAGACGCCCCCAAUUCCCCCCCUCCCCCCCCAGUGACAAAAACAGCUCAAACCCCCCCAAAAACCACCGCACCCCCCCCGAAACCCCCCCAAAAAACCCCAAAAAGGGCUUUUUUCCCCCCAAUUUUCCGGCCUCGGGGGCCCAAAAUCCCGAUUUUUCCACCGGGUUUGGGGGUUUUUAAUAAAACCAGCCCCCCCCCCCCCCCAAACCCACCCAAAAAUACAAAAAAAAUCACGUUAAAGUUGGGGGAAAAAACACUAAAAAACCCAACUUUUCGCCCCCCGGGGAGAUUUGUUUUUCCC